AUGUCUGGAGGUGAAUUCCAUGCUCCACCUUUCAAGAGGAGUGGAUUCAAUAGAUCGAUGCCCAAUAAUAUGGGGUCACAUCGGAAGGGAUUGCCCGAGGAAGCAAAGAGGGCAACCUUAGUUGCCACCGCCGCCACCGAUGAGACAGAUAAGAGGGCAUCACCAAUGAGGGAUACCCUGCGUUUCAGCAAGGAGAGAAAACUGAAAUCGAAGUACGUGGGUCCCUUUGAGAUUCUGAAAAGAAUCGGGAUCCUAUCAUAUUGUCUUGCAUUGCUGCCGAGGUUAGCGCAAGUGCGUUACGUCUUUCACGUGUUGAUGUUGAGGACAUAUGAGCCUAACAUGACCCACGUGCUAAAUUUUGAAGAAUUAGGCGUGGACGAUAGAGUGUUGUAUAUGAAAAGUUCGGUUCAGCUUGUGGAUCAGAAAGAUAAGAUUCUAUGUAUCAAAAAGGUCCCCUUGGUCAAAGUGGUCUGCCAACACCACGGGAUUGAAGAAGCAACUGGGGAAAGUGAGACUAGAUGA